CUCGGAGCUAUCUUACACUCAGUCAUCUUCUUAAGAGCCUAUAUUGUUAACGAUAAGCUCUCAACCGAUCAAGUUCUACCAUACUGGUGGUGGGGCUACAUUGGGACCAUUGCUGCGUCGCUCCUCUUGCCACUCUCAGUUCCGAUCAUACGCCACCGCCGCUAUGAAUUAUUCCUCAUCAGCCACAUUGUAUAGUCAAUUUUAGUCUUCCUUGGUUCAUGGUAUCACAUCUACUUCGAGUACAAGCAAUCCGGCUAUGAGACCUGGCUUUACAUUGUCUUCGCCAUCUGGGGGUUUGAUAGGCUGACACGCAUGCUCCGAUUUUUUCGAUAUGGAGCCCUUACUGCUUCAAUCACCUCCAUCGAUGAAGAUUGCAUUAGGAUUGACGUUAGGGGUGUCGUAGCCACGGGACACGUGUAUCUCUCCUUUCUCCACUCGCGAUUUUGGGAAAGCCAUCCGUUCAGCGUUGCUAGCUAUGUUGUUCAAAGAAGGGCUACGUCAUCUAACGAAAGUGACUCUUCUGUCGCCGAUGUGAAUUUGGAGGCUGGUGAUACUAAAGCGAAGUCGACGGUGAUCAGCAGCCUCGACCGGCCAGAAGAACCAGGUAUAGCUUCCUAUCUUCGUACACUCUCGAUGGGACUACCAAAGCGCUUCGAGAUAGAUCCCGCAUCAAACUCCUGAUUGAGGGCUCCUACGGAAAGCAGCAGGAUCUUUCUGAAUGUCCCACCUUGAUUUGCAUUGCUGGCGGCGUUGGCAUCACUGCAUGCCUCCCAUAUUUACGCCUGCAUCCUGGCAGUCCGUGUUUAUACUGGGGUUCGCGCAGCCAAGCACUUGUUAACUCGCUGAAGCCUCUAACCCAAAACUUCUACAGUGAGAUUAAGAUCGGACAACGCCUCGAUCUCGCGUCUAUUCGUGAGGAGCAA